CGCUCAGGUGGGACGGGGAUGGAGGACCGGGAUAAGGGACUGGGAUAGGGGAGCGUGUCCCGGCACUAACUCGUGGGCUGGGCGGCAUCGGCCCGGGCUAGGGCUAAACCCGACGUGCCUGAGGAAGCGACAGCGAGAUGCGGAGAGUCCUGCUCUGCCUGCAGGGCCCUGGCAGCCUCUGUCCCUUCCUCCGUCCUUCCCUCCAUCCGUGCUGCUCCGCCCUGCGCCCGAUGAGCGAGUGCUUCUCUGCUUUUCCCUGGUGACCUCCCAGAUUUCCGUAUGGGGGAUUUUGUACCCGGCUGAACUCCCGCUAAGCAGCUGCUUGGUUAAAUAAGGUCUCCCAAGGAUAACAUUGUUAAUCUCCAAAGAUGACAGCUGUUGCAGUGCUAGAGGAGGUGCUGGUUUCUAUUGAGAAUGAGCUGCAAGCAGUGGAGAUGCAGAUACAGGAGCUUGUGGAUAAACAGCAGGAACUCAUUCAAAAGAAGAUGAGAGUGAAGAAUCUGAUAAAACAAUCCUCAGGAGACGUGGAGGCAGGUGGAAGUAAAGACACGGAAACCUCAGCCGAGGCAUGGAACAAAAAAGAUUUUCCAUGGUAUGAGAAGAUAAAAACUGCACUGCAGGGCAAAUUUAAACUCCAGAAGUUUAGGUCACUGCAACUUGAAACAGUAAAUGCUGCAAUGGCAGGAAAGGAUAUAUUUCUUGUCAUGCCUACAGGUGGUGGCAAGAGCCUUUGCUACCAGUUACCAGCUGUCUGUUCUGAUGGUUUCACACUCGUGAUAUGUCCUUUGAUAUCUCUUAUGGAAGAUCAGCUCAUGGUUUUGGAACAGCUUGGUAUUUCUGCAGCUUUAUUAAAUGCCUCAAGCAGCAAGGAGCACGUGAAGUGGGUCCACAGCGAAAUGCUAAACAGGAAUUCACAACUGAAGCUCAUUUAUGUGACCCCAGAGAAGAUUGCAAAGAGCAAGAUGUUCAUGUCCAAGCUGGAGAAGGCUUACCAGGCCGGGUGUCUGGCUCGUGUUGCUGUGGAUGAGGUCCAUUGCUGUAGUCAGUGGGGCCAUGACUUCAGACCUGACUACAAGUCUCUUGGUAUAUUGAAAAGACAGUUUCCCAAUACUCCCUUGAUUGGACUGACAGCAACAGCUACAAAUCAUGUUCUAAAGGAUGCUCAGAAAAUUUUGCAUGUUCAGAAGUGCAUUACCUUUACUGCCUCGUUCAACCGGCCCAACCUGUACUAUGAGGUUCGGCAUAAGCCUUCAAAUAAUGAAGAUUUCAUUGAGGACAUAGUUAAAACCAUUAAUGGAAGAUACAAAGGACUGUCAGGAAUUGUUUACUGUUUUUCUCAGAAGGAUUCUGAGCAGGUUACUGUGAGUUUGCAGAAACUGGGAAUCAAGGCAGGGACUUACCAUGCAAACAUGGAUGCUAAAUAUAAAACCAAAGUUCAUAAAGGAUGGGCAGCAAAUCAAAUCCAGGUUGUAGUGGCAACUGUUGCUUUUGGCAUGGGAAUUGAUAAACCUGAUGUGAGGUUUGUAAUUCAUCAUUCUAUGAGCAAAUCCAUGGAGAACUACUACCAAGAGAGUGGACGUGCAGGUAGAGAUGACCAAAAAGCUGACUGCAUUUUGUAUUAUGGUUUUGGAGAUAUAUUCAGGAUCAGCUCAAUGGUAGUGAUGGAAAAUGUCGGGCAAGAGAAGCUCUAUGAUAUGGUAUCUUACUGCCAAAAUAUGAACAAGUGUCGCCGGGUGCUCAUAGCCCAUCACUUUGAUGAGGUGUGGGAUUCUGCAAACUGCAACAGAAUGUGUGAUAACUGCUGCAGAGAGAACGCAUGUGAGAAGAUGGAUGUAACAGGAUACUGCAGGGAUCUAAUCAAGAUACUUGAGCAAGCUGAAAGCAUGAGUGAGAAACUCACCCCACUGAAACUAAUUGAUGCAUGGUCUGGGAAAGGUGUGUCCAAGUUCAGGGUGGCUGAAGUUACUCCACCAAAGCACCCUCGAGAGGAACUGGAGAGAAUUAUUGCCCAUCUACUGCUGCAGCAGUAUCUGAGGGAAGACUUCAGCUUCACGGCAUUUGCUACAAUAUCCUACCUGAAGGUGGGACCCAAAGCCCAUCUGCUGAGAAACGAGACCCAUGUCAUCACUAUAGAGGGGAUAACAAACAGGAAGAGUGUUCACAAGGUCAAACCAUCUCAACCUUCAAAUUCGAAAGGAAGCAGGGAAAAUGCUCAGACUGUUUCAAAGGCUGUCCAGGAUUCAGUGGGGAAGAAGUUACAGGAGCAUAAGCGGCCUGGCUGUGGGUCUAACUUAAAAGCAAAGAAGCCAAAGCUUGAGGCAGGUGGAGUUGACCAACCAGUGGUUAUUGACUGAGUUUCACAGACUACAUUUAGGAUCUAAUCAAGUUUACUUCUCCAUGGACAAUGCAGUAAGUUCAGUUUGUGCUUUAGUAAUUUCUUUUGCAUUUUUUUUUAAAUAAAAACCAAACAGGGAAACAAGUUAUCUAAAAAAAGUCCAGCA